ACAUUUCACGUAAAAGAUAAUGAAGGAUCCAAACAGCAGUUAACCAUUUGAAGAUGGCAACGAAGAAAUUUGUGGCCGUCCUUUUGGCAGAUUAUGCUCUGCUUAUGAUAUGGUUUGGCGCGUCGAAUUCUUCAUCUUUAUUGUUUCGAGUUCAGCCUCAGACGAAAUUUAUUGAAGAUUUAAUUCUUCAGACGACAUCUUCUAUGUCUAAAGGGCACUGCGCACUCCACUGUCUGGGGCAUAGAAGCUGCCUAGGGGCAUAUUACUGCGGUAACACAAAGACUUGUGCUCUUACCAAUUUCAACUGUUCCGGCGUUCAGACGGAGUUCCUGGUGAGUGACCCAAACUGCUCCUACAUAGAGGCACGCAAUCGCUCAGCUUGUCUGGAAUGUGGAUGUAAAAAUGGUGGGACUUGUAUCCAAUUAACUGAGGGGUCUGGUAAAUGUGCCUGCCCUGUCCCUUACGGCGGAUUAAACUGUGAACGUAACCUGAGGUGUCCAACGCAAUUUGAGGUUACGUUCAGGACAAGUUGCUACAGUUUCAACAUGACACUGAAAGGCAACUUCUACCAGGCCAAAGCCCACUGCGAGUCAAUGGGAGCGAGGCUUGUCGCCGUUGACGAUGAAGAGGAGCACACUUUUAUUAGACAAUAUAUUAUGACCGACGAAGCUCGCAGCGCCACCUCCUGGUUUACCGCAACAACAGAUGAAGCCUCUGAAGGUACCUGGGUAUUGUCCGGAUGGGGCGACAUUCCAGCACCAUUUACUGCAUGGGGCCCAGGUGAACCAAAUAACAAUAGGGGGAAUCAAGACUGUGUACAAUACUAUAAAGUCACCAAGCUUUUUGAUGACAUUCAAUGCAGUGAUAGUAUUAACUUUAUAUGUGAAACAGAAGAAACCUAGACAACGACGCAUACUGAAAAUAUAUAGGCCUACAGGAUAUAAUUCGCAUGGGAAGGAAUCAAUAUUAGCACAAUAAUACAAUCUUUCUGUGUCUCAUUUUAUUCGUACCUUAUAUAUUAAAAAACUGUAUGGUUGGUGAAGUAAGCUUCUUGUUGACUCCGGCUUACAGACCGACUGAGAGAAAACAAAACAAAAAGGCCAAAUAACUCUAGGAAUUUUUUCAACGAGCUCUGGUUAAAACAUUUCAAAUGGAUUAGUUGUAGAGAAAAUACGGAAUCGUCAUCAUACUUAAACGGCAACAUGGAUAGUUGUAUCAUGUUUUACGCUUUCAAUAUAUUUUACGAGAUUUCUUCCGAUGCUGUUUUUGUUGUCAAAUUACCUUAUGAGAUCAAGGUUUUUUUUUGCUUCCUGCUGUCAAAUUUGCCUACAGAUACUUUUUCUAAGGUCAACACUGCUGCUCUCUUCGCCAUUUUUCUAUGUUACACCGCCCAUCUGUAAAGAAGACAUUUCUAACCAGAUCACUAUUUGGCCGCAUUCACAA